AUGAGGAUCGUGAAGAGAGGCACUCCACUGCCCGCUCUUGGAGAACCAAUUCUCUCCGUCAAGCUACAGAAAAUUCCUCGUAAACGCAGUCCACCAACACGCCUCCUAGGCAGCGCGGACGAGAGGACCGACCUUCGUGGACCAACAAGGAGGUCAAUCAGCGUUGCCCGAAUCGCAAAAGUCGCCAACGUGAUCGACCAACAAUGUGCACGGAAGACGUUGAGACGCUUGUGGACGUUGAGAAGCUUGUGA